GAGCCUCCGCAGAAGGGCAGGUUAAUACUCGGGGCCAGCGCUCUGCCCCGCACUCCCAGCCCGGCUCAGCCAUGGCCAGGAUUUGCUGCGCCCUGCUGCUCUCGCUGCUGCUGCUCCUGCACAGCCCGGGCACCUGCGGGGCCCCUCCGCAGCCCCGCGGCACCCUGUGCAGGACCAAGCCCACGGACCUGGUGUUCAUCAUCGACAGCUCGCGCAGCGUGCGGCCGCACGAGUUUGAGAAGAUCAAGGUGUUCGUGUCGCGCGUGAUCGAGGCGCUGGACGUGGGCCCCAACGCCACCCGCGUGGGCGUCAUCAACUACGCCAGCGCCGUGCGCAGCGAGCUGCCCCUGCAGGGCCCCCAGAGCAAGGCGGCCCUGCUGCAGGCCGUGCGCAGGAUCCAGCCGCUCUCCACGGGCACCAUGACGGGCCUGGCCAUCCAGUUUGCCAUCAGCCGCGUCUUCGGCGCCGCCGAGGGCGGCAGGGGCAGCGCGCCCAACUUCAAGAAGGUGGCCAUCGUGGUGACCGACGGCCGGCCCCAGGACGGGGUGCAGGACGCGUCCGCCCGGGCCAGGGCCGCGGGCAUCGAGAUCUUCGCCAUCGGCGUGGGCAGGGUGGACAUGGGCACGCUGAGGCAGAUGGCCAGCGAGCCCCUGGACGAGCACGUGGACUACGUGGAGAGCUACAGCGUCAUCGAGAAGCUGACCCAAAAGUUCCAGGAGGCUUUCUGUGUGGUGUCUGACCUGUGUGCCACGGGGGACCACGACUGCGAGCAGGUGUGUGUCAGCACCCCGGGGGCCUACAGGUGUGCCUGCAGGGACGGCUUCAGCCUCAACAGCGACGGCAAGACCUGCACUGCUUGCAAUGGUGGCUUGGGGUCUGCUCUGGAUCUUGUGUUCCUCAUCGACGGCUCCAAGAGUGUGAGGCCUGAGAACUUCGAGCUGGUGAAGAAAUUCAUCAACCAAAUCGUGGAUUCGCUGGAGGUGUCGGACAAACAGGCCCAGGUGGGGCUGGUGCAGUACUCCAGCUCCGUCCGGCAGGAGUUCCCCCUGGGGCAGUUCAAGAGCAAGAAGGACAUCAAAGCAGCAGUGAAGAAAAUGUCCUACAUGGAGAAGGGGACCAUGACAGGCCAGGCUCUGAAGUACCUCGUUGACAGCUCCUUCUCCGUCAUCAACGGAGCCCGGCCCGGGGUCCCCAAGGUGGGGAUUGUCUUCACUGAUGGACGCUCACAGGAUUAUAUCUCGGAUGCUGCCAAGAAAGCCAAGGACUCAGGAUUUCGGAUGUUUGCUGUGGGAGUGGGCAACGCCGUGGAGGACGAGCUGAGGGAGAUCGCCUCAGAACCCGUGGCUGAGCAUUAUUUCUACACUGCCGACUUCAGGACCAUCAGCAAGAUCGGGAAGAAGCUGCAGAUGAAGAUCUGUGUUGAGGAAGAUCCGUGUGAGUGCAAAUCCAUCGUGAAGUUCCAGACCAAAGUAGAAGACCUCAUCAAUUCCUUGCAGCAGAAACAUAUCCUUUGGAAGCUUGGCCAGGAUGGGGCGGCCACCGCCAUCCUGCACCCCGGAGAGGCCGGGAAGCGCCGGGCACCGCUCCCCUCGCUCCGGAAUCUGCUGGAGGAGCAGCCCCAGGGACCAGGACUCAAUUUGGCAAUGCCAGGGCUCUGGCAGCUCCUGGAGAGCUCUGCCCGGCUGCCCGCAGGGAUGAUCCGUGAGCAGGACAGGGGAAGAGGAGCGCUGAGCUGUCGGAGCAUCAGCGAUUCCGGAGCCGUCUGCGCUCCCAGCAAAGCGGAGCUGCCCGAGGGCACCGCGCAGCCCCGGGCGGAGCAGGCUGGAAAAGAGGCAGCUGUCAGGAAGUACAAGGGAAGAGCAAAUCGGGCAGGCAGGGGCAAGAGCCAUUUGCAGCUGGACUCGAGGGUAAAAGGAUUUGUGGAGCUCUCUGGUGCCAGCCAGGACCUGGGAUUCCCAGCAGCAGCACAAGUGGUGAACCCCAGCACAUCCCCGGGAUGA